UAGAGCUGAGAGCAGGGUUACCGCGCCCAUCGCUGCUGUUUGAGGGCAGUAGGAAGAGUUUGAGAUAUUACUUGUGUGAAUAGGGGAACAACGGUGGGAAAGACAAGGACAGAAGAUUGGAAACAGGUUGUUGUGAGUUAGAAGAUCGUCCCUAGACUCAAACGCAUUGUUGUUCCACAAAGCAGUUGGUAGGGUUAACAUUGCCUCAUCAUUGUGCUGGUGUGUCUCCCCUUGGCGGAUCGAAAGCUGGGUUCGGGGAGUGCCGCUCCUCGAUAGCUUGCUAGCUCUAGUCUGUGUGCUAGUAGGCGGAGAGGAGUCGAUCUUCGCUGUUUCCAGUCAAUGCGAUAUAAACAACGGAUACCCUCGACUGAAAACGGAUCAGCACGAGUCCCGGCGGCGGAGCGAAGCACCCCAUUAGCAGAGGAAAAUGAGCGAACUAGACCAGCUACGUCAGGAGGCCGAGCAGCUCAAGAACCAGAUCAGAGAUGCCAGGAAAGCGUGUGCGGAUGCUACCUUGUCUCAGAUCACAGCAAACAUCGACCCAAUUGGCCGAAUUCAGAUGCGCACUAGAAGGACACUGAGGGGGCAUCUGGCUAAAAUCUAUGCCAUGCACUGGGGCACUGACUCGAGGCUUUUAGUCAGUGCCUCCCAGGAUGGUAAACUCAUUAUUUGGGACAGCUACACCACAAACAAGGUCCACGCCAUCCCACUGCGCUCCUCCUGGGUGAUGACGUGCGCCUACGCCCCCUCUGGGAACUACGUGGCCUGUGGAGGCCUAGACAACAUCUGCUCCAUCUACAACCUCAAGACCCGCGAGGGCAACGUGCGUGUCAGCCGUGAGCUGGCCGGACAUACGGGUUACCUGUCCUGCUGUCGCUUCGUGGAUGACAGCCAGAUUGUCACCAGCUCUGGAGACACCACCUGUGCUCUCUGGGACAUUGAGACGGGCCAGCAGACGACCACAUUCGCCGGCCACACCGGUGACGUCAUGAGCCUGUCGCUGGCGCCCGACACCCGGCUGUUUGUGUCCGGGGCAUGUGACGCCUCCGCAAAGCUCUGGGACAUCAGAGAAGGAAUGUGCCGACAGACCUUCACCGGACACGAGUCAGACAUUAAUGCCAUCUGUUUCUUCCCCAACGGCAACGCCUUUGCCACGGGAUCGGACGACGCCACCUGCAGGCUAUUUGACUUGCGCGCUGACCAGGAGCUGAUGGUCUAUUCCCACGACAACAUCAUCUGCGGCAUCACCUCGGUGGCUUUCUCCAAGAGUGGCCGCCUGCUGCUCGCCGGCUACGAUGACUUCAACUGCAACGUGUGGGACAGCCUCAAGGCUGACCGUGCAGGUGUCCUGGCUGGACAUGACAACCGUGUCAGCUGCUUGGGUGUGACCGAUGAUGGAAUGGCCGUUGCAACAGGGUCCUGGGACAGCUUCCUCAAGAUCUGGAACUAGAUUCUGAAGAUGGCACCCGGACUCCAAAGUGGAGUGGAAGACCAUUCCAACAUAAAAAAUUUCAAUUUUCUUGCAUAUCCAAUUUGAUCAAAACACCACUAUACUGACUCCCAACACCCCAAAAAACUACCAAGGGCAAAAAUUCUCUCUCCUUCUCAUUUAAAAUACCACAGUUUAUCACUCAGCUAAAAAAUAUGAGGAAUUGCAGUGGUAUGAAAUGGAAUGGGGAAGAAAUUGUGCAUUCCUCCUGGGACCAUUUUCUGAUAUUGUGAUAUUGUCCAUCUUCAUUACACAGGUUUGAGUGAAGGUCAUUUACACAACGAUGAUCUAACUCUUGAUAGAUUUUUGGCCAGCCAUGUUUAAUUUUUUCGGUCACGUUACUUUCCUCUUUUUUCCCCCCAGAACUAGAUCAGUGGCCUCCUGUUGGUAAAUUGAGGAUCAAAAGCUUUGUUUUAUCUCUUGGUCUUGAUAUAUUUUAGAAUCAAGUUUUGUAGAUUUGAAAUAAAAAUUCAUGAUCAUGUCAUUUUAAUCCAGCUUUAUCACAUCAGAAAAAAAGGCAAGAGAAUUGAGCUUCAACAGGGAGUCCAUGAGCCACGACAGGGUCUGGCCAUUCUGAAUAUUUAGUCUCAAGAUUCUUUACUCAGUUUUUGGGGGGGGGUUUCUGUCUAGUCAAUUUUUUUUUUUGCACACAAUUUUACUUUGCAUAUGCAGAAUGUUUAAAGGAAAGUUAACUAACCAAGCACAUGCUAUUUGUGAUAAUGAAUGCUAAUUUUUAAACAAAUCACAUCAUUUUUUAUUUACCCAUUCUCUUCACCUUUUGUUUGGUGACAAUGUAGAAUAAUGAAAUGAAGAAUCCCAUCGGUUCAUUUUUAUUUCUUUCUGUUGACUGUGGUUGGGACCGGUGAUGUGAUUUGGUUGGGUUGGGAAGCCUCCACUUAUACCCCGGUUUCUUUCCGGAGUUUCAAGAGGAACCCAUUCUGUGCUUGGAAAUGCAGUUACUACUCUGAACGAAAUGUUGUAUAAAUCAAUGUUUGAAAAUAAUGAUAUCGAAACUUUUUAAGUAAAAAAAAAAAAAGUUGUCUGCCAUGGGUGGGUUAA